AUGCUUGUCAACCUCUCAAACGCGGAUCGUAUCAUGUCGCAGUCACAUCACAUUCUCAACACCGAACCCGUCCAGAGCACGCUGUUUACCUGCGUCUUUGGAGCAGCUGACUCGCCCGAACUGAAGAAGAAACUCGACGACUCUUGGAAAGACCUUCUCGGCCCUAUCGAGCGACUGUUUCUUAACGAAACCGCUGCGACAGAAGCCUUGGAGAAGAGCUGCAUUCCCCAAAAGGCAGCUUCAUUUGUUUCCUUCUCUUCUAACUUGGACCAGAUGAAGCGCUGGGAACUAUAUGCCGAUAUUCGAGUUAUCGUACCCGACUUGCCAGGAAAACCAGGAGCGGUUGAAGUUAACCUUCAGAGUCUUUCCCGAGAUUUCGGAGCUUGCGUUGCCAUUCCUCUACUUUAUGGACGGGACUUUUCAAAUCGACAUACCCAGCUCCUAGACGAAUUUUGGAAAUUCGACAACGACUUAUUUCCUUUAUUCUGA